AUUACAAAUGGGCUCUCGAAUAAUCUGUCAAUAGUUAUCAAAAUUUUAUCAAAACGGGCCUGAAAAUAUGAAUGAUAACAUGUGUUUCGCGACUGUUUCACAUAACUUACGGUCAAAAUAAGUAACGUUGACCGUGUCGGUGGACGUGCAAAGAUCCAUUUAGGAAUCUUAAUUGUAAGAAAUUGGGAUUAUUACCCAUGGUCCUCCGGCUUAUUGAAAUAACGAGCAUGGUGUUAUGCUGAUAUUUUUCAGUACAUUGUUUACAAUCAUUCCAGUAAGAAAAUAGAAAAAAAGUGAAAAAAAAAUGGCAAGAUAUUUUGAAAAUACAUCAACAUUCAACUUCAGUUGGGAUCAAGUUGCUCGAGGAUAUUGGAAGAGAUACCCUAACCCACAGAGUACCCAUGUCCUGUCCGAGGACACAUGGAGCCGGGAAGUGAAGGACGGAUGCCUGUACACAAAACGGGUCCUCACUAAGACGAACAGAGUACCUAAAUGGGGAGAAAGAUUUUUUAACGCAAAAUCAGUGAAGAUUAUUGAAGAAAGCAUCGUGGAUCCAGAGAAGAAAAUAUUCGUCACCUACACCAGGAACUUAGGAUAUACCAAAGUUAUGAGCGUGGUAGAACGCGUAGAGUACCGCUCCGCUGGCCCGGGACAGACGGUCGCGUGCCGCUCCGCGUGGAUCGACUCGCAAGUGUUCGGCUUCUCGCGGGCCAUCCGCGCGUUCGGCGUCGAUAGGUUUAAGAAGAACUGUAAUCAGAUGGUAAGCGGCUUCAACCACGUCCUCCACAGCAUGUUCCCCCGCCAAGUGCCAUCACAGCACACAAUGACACACACCCUCAAGGAAAUGCGCGAAGCAGCCGCGGCCGCCACCGACCGCGCCAAGGCCAACGUGCUGUCCAGUGUCAACCGGACAUAACCAGACGCUGACUGACCUAGGACUUAAGUGGAGCAAACCACCACGGAUUAGUGUUAAAAUGGAGUGCUUAGAUAGUAGUGCAGUGUUUGUUUUACCAGUCUUGCAAAGGAGUAUUGAGUUGCCCAAGUAACUCCUUGUAAAACACUGGAAGCCGAACCCAAUAUAGUUGGGAAAAGGCUUAACUAGAAAUUAUUGCUUUUUUUUUGUAUGUAAGAGCUGUUGUUUCGUUCAAAUAAAAGUAUGCAUUAUGAAUAUUUAUACUUGGACUUGCAAUCUGGCUCUGUGGCUACUGAAACUUGAUCCAUUGGAAAAGGGUUUUGAUAUUGGGCUUAUAAUCAGUUGUUGAUGCACAGUUUAUUUGCACUGUUGCACUAAGUUACUAUGUUGCACAGCUUAUUAGCACUGUUGCACUCAUUCCAAUGAUUAUAUCAGUUUCAAUGUCACGUCAAAAAAUGCAAUAUUUUCUUCUCAUGAGCACUCCAUGUUUUAAUAAUCUGUGGCAGAGUGAUGUGUUAUAAAGGAAAGUACAAUAAGAUUCCCAUUGUGAAGGACUGCUGUAGAAGUUAGUAGUCUAACAAGUGAAGAUUGUUUUAUGAUGAAAAGGUUCUAAUCUACAUGUCUAUUUAAAUAAGCACCAACUUGUUGAGAAUAAGACUUUCAAUGGACUCCCUUUCCGAUAAGUGUCUCGAACAAUUUUUAUGCACCUAAAUCAUAGACUAACAAUUUGUCAUGCAAACUUUUUUUUUGCAAGUAACCAUAGAGUUUUGAAUUGACCUUUUUAUGAUCAAAAUAAUUAUUUUUAUCGAAAGUGAGUCCAUACUGUUUAUUUCAAAUGCACAACAACUGUAUUAAUUUUGAAUUCCACUGCCAUUUUCUUCAUUUACGUGCACACGACGCUACUGUACCUUCGCCACAUUCCAACCGUGUGGUAUAUUGUUAUAUAUGAGUAUAUUUAUGUAAGAACAUGCUUCUGGCAUCGCGGACAGAGAAAGGUAAAAUAUGUCUGUUUUAUGUACUUUAAGAAAUACAUAAGAUAACAACAGUUUUUUAGGUAUCUCAUUAAAUAAAUGUUGCCUGUAAAAACCCGAUGUAUAUUUUUGUGUUUACAUACUGAAGUGAAAUACUAGCGAAUCUGGUAUUAGACAGAUUUCAGUUCUCAAAGUUUAAAAUAAAAAUAUUUUAUGGUUUAUCAACAUUCAUUUAGUGAACUACUUACUUUCAUACGAUAAUGGUCUUUCUCUUGAAGCGAUGCAUUUUGACUGAAUUCUUGGAUAUAUGAUUUGGAAAGUGUAAAGUUAGCGAUUUUGCGAGCUGCAUCUAUUUUUCAAAAGGGGAUUUUAUGAUUAUUUUUGAAACAGUUGUUUGUCAAAGCAGUUUAUUGCUAGAUAGAGGUCGCGUGAAGGAUAUAUAGCAAAAAUGAUUGUUUCAAUUAUGUGAUUAUCAGUAUUUAAGAUUAAAUUAUUUAACUAUACAAAUAUAAUAAAGAGGAAACAUGAUUAGUUUUAGAUGCAGAUCAGUAGAAGAUCAGAAACUACUGAACCGAUUUGAAAAGUUCUUUCACUGUUGGAAAGCUCACUAUCCCUGAGUAACGGGCGAUAUUUUAUCGAGAAAACAGCCAAAGCUGAACAAGAUUUGCGCCUGUUAAAAAUUUUAGGUGCUGUAAAUAGGCAUAUGGGUACUGGGCAUAAUAAAAACGAACUUAUUUUCCUCUAGAUAAGGUAGAAAAUUGCGUGAAAGUAGAGCUAAUGCUCGAAUAAAAUUUAGCCAUAAUUAGCUCGAAGAAGGAGUGUCUGAUAACGUAUACAAAUGGUAUUUAAGCGGAUUUACAAUUUCGUAAAGAAAUUAUCCACUAAGUAAAUGGGUUGGGCUGAAUUGAAAUAUUUUCCCCCUCCUUUAAGUUAUGGUUUAUUUUUAAAUGAGGGUUUCGUAAAAUGGCGUCCACGAGGUGGCAGCACCGAGUCGUCAGGUCCAAAUAACUGUCAAAGUGCUUAUCUUUACUAUGAAUAGUGAACGAUUUUAGUGUUUUUUUUUUUUAUUUUAUAAUUAAAGCACUGCAUUAUUGUUUUACUAUUGCGGUUGAGUAAAUAAAAAAAACUAAAUCAUAUUGUGUUAAAAAAAAUUUCAACAAGCUUUUCCUUAGUACCAGUGACUUUUGCACCCUCUCUCUUAGCUCAAUUUUUAGUUCGGAAACCUUAUUCUGACCGUAGUCCAUAAUAAAAUCAAUAACACUUCCAAUAUAACAGAAUUUCAAUAAACAAUAAGUUCGGCACCUACAAUUCCAUACUAUUUGACAGCUGUUUGGACCAGACGCAUACGUGGCGCCACCCGGUGGCAGAAAAAAUUUCAAAAACCCUCAUUCAAAAGGCAGCUCCAUCUCGCUAACUAGCAAAAAGGUUUGAUUAAUAUGUAAACAUUUAUUUAUUAUUGAUUUGUAUAUUGAUUGAAAUUCGAAAGUUAUUUAUUAAUCCUAUACUUUCCAUCUGCUUUCUGAAAAUGUGGUGUACUUGGAUGAUUAAAAAAAUAUAUCUUUAUACAUAUACAUCCCUAAUAUUAUGAAGGCAGAUACAAGAAUAUGAAUGUUAUUAGAAAGAGAUUUCAUCUUUUCUCUAUAUGUAUUGUCUAUUUACUACCAGAUAAUUCCAAAUGGUUUAUUAUAUCUGUACAUACUAAAUCUUAUUAAAUGUAUGUAGAAACGCGUAACACAAUUUUAUUAGUGUCUAUUACGAUGCGGAGUAUUAUCUGAUGUAAUUAACCAGAUUUUAAUGUGACUAGAAAAAAUAUAUCUUAAAUUACAAUAAACCUUGCCAUAAAAUAAAAAUCAUAAAAAGGAAAAAUGUCGAUGUUUAAAAUUUAAGAAAUAUAUUUUUAUUAUACUCAAACAAUACGAUUUAGUCUAGUCUCUUUGGGAAAUCAUAGUUUACUUUAUGUCUCUGCCUAUUGCAUUUAGGUGUCUAGUAACUACUAAUAAUUUUAACUAUGAUAAAUUACUAAUUGUUGGAACCAUAUUCAAGCUCUUAUAUUCUUCGUGAAUGUAUUUUCAAAUAAAAAUUGCAAAUGUUAAAAAGCAAGUUGAUUACAAACUCUGGAUUGUCUAUGAAAUUGUUACUAUUUAAAUUAUGACGUAAUCAACCCAUAAAUAAUAAUUCACUAUUUAAAAUGUCUAAUAAGGUAUGGUAAAUUUAUGGUAAAGUUCAUUUCAGUAUAAAGUAUAAGUUAGUAUCGAAAGAUUUAUUAAGUACCAGAGGAAUUGUAUUCUAUACGUAAAGUGGUCUAUUAUGGAAGGUUAAAACGUUAUUAACUUGACUUCUAAGCUAUUGUAGAAUAUUCAAAACACAUGUUAUCAUAACACAAAAUUUGGCAACGUUCGAGCAGAUCCAUAGUAUAAAAUUAGUAUUAGUUACCAUAAUCAAUGAUAAGAUAAUAAAUGAGUCUAUUUAA